AUAACUUUACUAAGACGAAAAUGUUUGUAACAGCUAGAGCGUUCAAUGCUCUUCAAAAUCUAAAUAUUAACGAGUUAAUUAACAAGGAAAUUAACCCUCCAUACACAGAAAGCGAAAUACGACCAUUUCUAAGCUCAUUUGUAAGAAGUUCAAUCCUUGAUAGUGGAAAUUUUGACAAAACAAAAGAAUGGUUUGAAGUUCGAAAACAAAUAUUGCUGAUUUUAGUCGAAUCAGAAAUAGUCAACAAUAUCGUUGCCUUACUACAAGUAAAUUACAAUGAACUGGAAGUCGAUCUUAAAAAGGAACAACAAUUGAGGCAAAAAGUUGGAUAUACACAACAAGAUUCUGCACAAUAUCACGGAUUAACAAAUGGUGUCAUUCUUGGUUUUGAAAGAGCAGAUGCGACUCGAAAAGUGAGAAUUGUUUUAUCGGAACUAUUUUACAUUCAAGCACAAAUCAUCGAGCAAAAUCAACAAAAAUCAGAAGUUGCUGUUAAAACCUCAGAACUAUUUGACAAUGAAAUUUAUAUUGAAGAAAUUGCUGACAUAAUUUGCAUCGCACUUGCUGAACUUCCUUCUCUCAUGCAAGUUCAUGAAAUUGUUGAAAUUCUACUUUAUGUCAAUAACGGCAGUAGCAUAAUAUGUUGGAUCAUUGCAAACAUGCCGGAUUGCUUUAAAGAAGUUGUAACAUUCUUGAUUGUUAACAGUGAUGAAGAGAUGUUGGAUGGAAAGUUAAGGCUUGCAGCGUUGACUGCUUUGUGUGACAUAAAUCCAUCACAAGCAUUAUCAACAAGAGCAUUAUGCGUUCAACUUAAAGCAAUGCCAUCAUUAAUGUUAAAACUCAGCUUGCAAGAUUCCCAAGAUUUAGUGUCAUUCCUCACCGGCUUGCUUCUUGGAAUUGAUCAGACUACUCGAGGAUGGUUCGCGCAGUUUGUGAAAACAAGUCAGAAAAGAAAAAGCGACAUUUUACAAUCACUUCGUGACAAGCUAUUAAACGAACUCAACAGACUUCUUUCAUGUGUUGUAAACGAUCGACUUCCAGAAAAAUAUGUCGUUGAAUGUGCAGCUUUACUUCGUCUUUAUUGUGCUCUUCGUGGCAUUGCAGGUUUGAAGUUUAGCGAUGAAGAAGUUGUCAGCUUGCUCAAUAUGGUGACGUCAAAGCCACCACCGACAUUAUCUGGAAUAAAUUACGUUUCACUUGGAUUGUGUAUGCUUAUAGCAUGUCCUUCCUUGAUAGGACAGCCUGCUUUAGAGGUGAAAGCAAUCGAGUGGAUUCAGUGGUUAAUGAAAGAAGAAGCAUAUUUUGAAAGCGCUACUGAAGUUUCCGCUUCCUUCGGAGAAAUGUUACUGCUCAUGGCAAUUCAUUUCCAUAGCAAUCAAUUCUCAAAUAUCACUGAACUUGUGUGCUCUACACUUGGUAUGAAAAUUCUUUUACGACAAAACAACACACUGCGAAUGAAACAAAUUUUCACACAAGAAAUUUUCACCGAACAAGUUGUCGCUUCACAUGCUGUAAAGGUUCCAGUAACGAUGAAUUUAAAUGCAAAUAUUCAAGGAUAUUUACCGAUUCAUUGCAUUCAUCAGUUGCUUAAGUCGAGGGCUUUCUCAAAACAUAAAAUAGCCAUCAAAAGUUGGAUCUAUAAGCAAAUUCGAAAUUCAACUACGCCACUUCAUCCAGUAAUGCCAGCAUUAAUUGAAGUUUAUGUUAAUUCACUGAUUGCUCCCAAUGCUAAAUUUAUUAGCGAACAACCACUAAGUGAAAAUGAAAUACAAAAAAUCUUCGACAAAUCAGAAAUAAAAGUGCAAUCGGAGUUCAGCCGAAAGAAAAACGAAGAAACAUUUGAAUUGGAAGAUGAUGACGAUGAUGAUGCAACAGGUGGUGUUGGAGACAGUAAUGAACAAUGUAAAUUAAGUGCACAGCUUCUCAUCCUUUAUUAUCUCCUACUUUAUGAAGAUUUGAGACUGACAAAUAUGUUGACGAUCCUUCAGACGGGAAGAAUUGUCAAAAGUUAUUCAGCUGAGUUUCUGGCUGAUUUACCCAUCAAAUAUCUUUUAAAAUAUGCACAAAAGAAUCAAAAUGAUUUUGAGCCUUUGUUUAGUCCUUUACUGCGUCUUUUUAUCACUCAUUUUCCACAUUUAUCACUUGUCGAUGAUUGGAUUGAAGUCGAAGAUGCUAACAAGGAAGCAACGGCGAAGGUUUUCGGAAGAAUAUCAGAUUUGAAUGUUAUUGAAGCUUUCGAAGAAAUUAAGCUUUGUCCAUCGAAAACAAUUCGAUUGUUGAAAGUUAUGAUGAGAAAGUCGGCAAUUGAAUUAUGGCCGCUCGCAAGUAUCUUCAUCAGAUAUUUUAAAACGAUACUCGACGAUGCAGUUCCUCGUCUUAUCCAAGAACUUUACAAGCACAUUUGGAUUAAACUCAACACAAUCCUUCCUCGACAUCUUUGGGUGAUGACAAUCAAUUCACUGAUGCCCUGUGAUGCCAUCACUAAAAAUGUGAUGCUAAAGCAAGAGAAUAUUAUGAUCGAACCAUUACAAAUUCUGAGAUGCGAUGAACGAGUUUUUCGUUGUCCUGACGCUUUACAAAUUAUUUUAAGAAUUCUUCAGGCAAGCCUAGCAGCUUCAAAAAUUCAACUUUCACGUCAUAUCAUGGAUAAGCCAUUGUUGACUAAAGGUGGACAACUACAAACCGAAACUCAAAGAGAAGAAUUGAAAAUGGCUUUGGUGGCUUCACAAGAGAGUGUCGCAGUUCAAAUUCUUCUUGAAACGUGCUUGGAAAAUUCAGAAAAAGACCACGGAUCGGGAAAAGAUUAUUCAUUGCGAGAAAUUCGAGGAAUUGUUUGUUCUUACAUUCACCAAGUGUUCAUUGCUGAACCAUCGCUUGCUAAGCUUGUACAUUUUCAGGGAUAUCCGAGGGAAUUAUUAAGUAUGACAGUUCGGGGAAUUCCGUCAAUGCAUAUUUGCUUGGAUUUUAUUCCUGAGCUUCUAAACAUGCCUGAAAUGGACAAACAAAUAUUUGCUAUCGACUUGUCAUCACACCUUUCACUUCAAUAUGCUUUUCCUAAGUCGCUGAGUGUCGCAAAACUUUGUAUAAACACAUUGACGACACUGCUGGGAAUUCUCUCAAGCGAUACUCGAAUCGAAAUGUUUAGAGCUGUGCUACCGUGCAUUGUAAGAUUUGCUGAAGCUUUUCCUCCAUUACUUGAUGACUGCACACAAUUUUUAAUGCAACUUGGAAGAAUUGCGGAGUCGCAAGCUGUGCUGGGUCGAAAGACGGAAUCCAUUCCAGCAGCGAUUUUCAACAGACUCAAACUUGAUGAGCAUACAGCAAAAACAAAAAAUGCAGAAAAACUGGUCGAAGAAGUAAGAGAAACUUUUUUAAAAGUCUGUGAGGAAGCAAUUUUGAAGCCGCGAAUCUUUUGAUGCAUUCAUUAAAAUUUCGAUGUUUUCUUUUCACAGUAUAAAAUAAAAACUUAUUUAAAAAAAUCAUUAGACAAAAAGCAAUUUGAUGUUUAUUACUGCCGCUUUUCCAUAACAUAUUUAUUCAUGAUGAAAUUCCCUAAUGAAAGUUAUCAAAACUGGUUCAAAGCAAGGCUCUGUUUUCCAUUUUUUAUUUCACAACACAG